GUCCUCACAUUUUGCAGCAGCAGCACCCCCCUUCCUACUUCAUUAUCUUCAGCACUCUGCGGUUAUGGGAACCGGUUCAGACUGGACUGAUGUCAGGCAGGGAAAGGAGGUUGACUGUAUGGACUUCAAGCCUGGGGCAGAAGCUGAGAUGAGGUCUGCAGAGGUGGCAGCUCCAGGUCUACAGAACUUACAGUAGUUGCUAAGAAAUGAAGUACCAGAAGCCACCAGAUGGAGGAUGGGGCUGGGUUAUUGUCUUGGCCUCCUUCUUUAUUCAGUUCUUGUGCUACGGUUCUCCACUUGCUGUUGGAGUCCUAUUCGUUGAAUGGCUAGAUGUCUUUGAUGAAGGAAAAGGAAAGACUGCAUGGGUUGGCUCGCUGGCAGCUGGAGUAGGAUUACUUGCAAGUCCUUUGUGUAGUGCUUGUGUCUCUUCAUUUGGUGCUCGCCCAGUUACCAUCUUCAGCAGCUUCUUGGUAGCUGGAGGACUAAUUCUAAGCAGCUUUGCUCCCAAUGUCUACUUUCUUUAUUUCUCAUACGGAUUUAUGGUUGGUUUCGGAUGUGGAUUGCUGUACACAGCCACCGUGACUGUCACUUGUCAGUACUUUGAAAAGCGGAGAGGACUUGCACUUGGAAUCGUCUCAACAGGCUCCAGUGUUGGCAUGUUUAUAUAUGCAAGUCUACAGAAGGAGCUGAUUUCAAUCUUUAGAAUAGAUGGCUGUUUGCUCAUUCUUGGAGCACUAGCAUUAAAUAUAUUGGCUUGUGGCAUCCUAAUGAGGCCCCUUCCACAGUUACCUGAAGCUGCAGAGGUAAAACCCUGCUUGGAGAAGGUUCCUGACGCCUACCUCAUAUACCAUGAAAAAGACCAAACAAAAGAAGAAAAUAUGGGAAUGCUUGAGAUAUCCCAUACAGCCAGUGGGGACUGCUGCGCUCAAGAAAACCACCCCCAGAGUGAGAGUGGACUUAUGACUCAAUGCGACAUAGUAAAGGACAAUCGUAACAACAAUGUCAAAGAGAAACACAUUUGCAAACAGCUUGUCAAAAGCAAGUGCCAUACUUACCUGGACUACUGGGAAGACACCAUCACCCUGUUCAAAGAUAAAGUAUUUGCUGCUCUUUUCAUCAAUAUUUUGUUAUUUGACAUUGGAGGGUUUCCUCCAAGCAUUCUUAUGGAAGAUGUAGUCAAAAGUGCCAAUAUUGAUCAAGAGGACGUAGUAGUGCCCUUGGUGUUCAUACUUGGCGUCAUGAUGGCUGUUGGGAAGCUUAGUUUAGGCAUACUUGCCGAUUUUAAGUGGAUUAAUACAUUGUAUCUGUAUGUCUUCACUUUAGUAGCUACAGGUUUGGCAGUAUUUGCAGUCCCUUUUGCCAAGACAUAUGCCACCCUGGCCACUAUUUCAGGAACGAUAGGAUUUUUUACAGGGAACUGGUCAAUAUUUCCUUAUGUAACAACAAACACUGUUGGAUUGGAUAAGCUCACUCAUGCCUACGGAAUCCUGAUGUUCUUUGCUGGUGUUGGAAACUGCCUAGGACCACCUAUAGUUGGUUGGUUUUUUGACUGGACACAGUCUUAUGAUAUAGCCUUCUAUUUCUGUGGCGCAUGCAUCAUCAUGGGAGCUCUGGGCUUGUUAGUGGUGGCACUGCCAGUUUGGAAGAACUGUAAAACGAAAAAGUUGGAACCAUCUCAGAAGAGUUACUCUUAUAAAGUAGCUUCGGCUGUUUGAAAGUCACCUGCGCAUUUAUGUUUGCAAAGUUUUGUAGUUUUUAGUUACUGUAUGAUAAUGAUGUGUUUAUAGAAGCUUUUUAUAUUUCAUACUUAUUUGAAUAUGCUGUAUUUCUCUUUCGUAAAAUUGUGUGGACCUUUAUUUCAGAAGGUAUUUUCUCAGGAAAGAUUUAGUCUCAUUCUGUCAUUCUGUCUACUGUUCAUUCCAGAUGCUUUAAAUGAAAUACAAAACUUUUAUAGUUUUCAUACAUGUCCAAACUCCAUUCAUGACACGCCUUAUUUUAUAUUCACAUAAUCCACUCAGUGAUAUUAGUAUUCAAAAGGUUUUUUGUGAGGUAUAAAUAAUACUCACUCUUUUGAAGCUUUGCUUGUAUUUUUCAGUCCUUUACCCUGGGUUCACACCUGAGCGUUUCUGAGACGCGCGUUUUACGCGCGUAUUUGUCGCACGUUUUUAUGCACGUUUUUUGCAAUAGUAAACGCGCGUCUGACGAGCGUUUGUGUGAUUGA